AUGCGAUUUGGAGCAUUCCGUUGGGCCAUAAGCCGCGCCGACGUCAAGGACAGUCCUAUAUUUCCCAUCUUAGACCCGUUUCUGCGGCUCUCAGUUUCGUCCUUUUCCGCUCACGACCCUCGCCGUCCUUUCCUAUGCAGAAUGGCGAAAUCUAACGAGGUGCCAUCCCCUGAUUCUGCCGCUGCAGCAGGGGGAGCGGCUUCCGGCAGCGAUGUCCCUGUAAACUUCCUGUCUCAGAUAAUGCAACAAGAUCUGGCCUCGGGCAAGCACAAGUCUAUAGUCACCCGAUUCCCUCCCGAGCCCAAUGGCUUCCUCCAUCUGGGUCACGCGAAGUCGAUUUGCAUCAAUUUUGGUCUCGCGGCGAAGUUCAACGGCAGAUGCCACAUGAGAUUUGAUGAUACAAAUCCUACAAAAGAAGAAACAAGAUACAUCGAGUCAAUCCUGCGCGACGUGAGGUGGCUGGGUGGCGACUGGGGAAACCACCUGUACCACGCCUCAGAUUAUUUCCCUCAGCUGUACAGUUGGGCUGAGCAGUUAAUUGAAAAGGGCCUAGCUUUCGUCGACUUCGAUUCUCUGGAGGAGAUACGGAGAAAGAGAGGCAGCAUUACCGAGCCGGGAGAGGACAGCCCAUACAGGAACAAGUUCACUAUCGAAGAAAACCUAAUGCAUUUCCGAAAGAUGCGUGAUGGGGAGUACGAGGAGGGCCAGUGCGUGUUGCGGGCCAAGAUAGACAUGGCCCACAAAAACGUGGUCAUGAGGGACCCGAUCAUGUACCGCAUUCUCAAGAAGGAACAUCCACGCACAGGAAAUAAGUGGGUGAUAUACCCUAUGUAUGACUAUGCGCACGGCCAGAGCGAUUCAAUAGAAAAGAUAACUCAUUCGAUCUGCACUUUAGAGUUCGAUCUAAACAGACAGCUGUAUGACUGGUUUCAAGAGGCUCUUGGGAUUACAAGGACAAGACAGAUUGAAUUCGCAAGGCUUAAUGUCACAUAUACCGUCAUGAGCAAACGCAAACUAUUGGCUUUGGUAAAUGAGAAGGUAGUGGCUGGUUGGGAUGACCCCCGUCUGUCGACCCUUUCUGCCCUACGUCGCCGAGGUGUACCUCCAGCUGCCAUUCGAGAUUUCUGCGAAAGAGUUGGAGUGGCACGGAGGCCCUCAACAAUUCAAAUUGAACUUCUCGAAAGAUGCAUUCGAGAAUACCUUGACGAGAGGGCACCGCGCCGCUUCGCCGUGAAGCAGCCGCUGCUGGUUAAAAUUACAAACUUUGGUGCGGAGGAAAUUUUGACAAUCCCAAGCGAUCCCAAGAGACCCGCAGCAGGCAGCAGACAGCUGGCGUUCACCAAUGAGCUUUACAUCGACGCUGAAGACUUCAUGGAAAAUCCACCGAAAGAAUUCCACCGAUUGUCGCCUGGCAAAGAAGUGCGACUUCGCUCAGCUUAUUGGAUCAAAUGCAACGAGGUGGAGAAGGACGCAAACGGUAACAUUACAGCUAUCAUCUGUAGCUACGAUCCUCAAACCCUGAACUGUUCCGUCGCUCCCGAUGGCAGGAAGGUCAAAGGAACCAUUCAUUGGCUACCUGCCAAAUACGCAGUACCGGCUGAGCUGCGUUUCUACGACCGCCUCUUCACAAAGCCCUUCCCCGAGGAAGAAGAUCCAAGCAAGCCAGAAGGCAGCUGGAGAGACAACAUAAAUACCAACUCUCUCGUGGUUUACCGCGGUUUUGUGGAGGCUGACGCGGCUGAUCUGUCGCUGUUCCCCCCACAGUUCGCUUUACAAUUUGAGCGUCUUGGUUUCUUCACUGCUGACGCUCCCUGCGAAUAUGUCCUGGCAGAAAAUGAGAUGAAAACAAGCGAAACUGCAGAGUACUUCAAGGAUGCAAGGGAAUACCGCAGGGAGCCCGGUGCCAUCCCCGUGUUCAAUUUGACUGUUGGCUUGCUUGAGGGUUACACUGUAUCGAAAGAGAAAGAGGAGGAAGCAAAGAAAAACAAACAAAAGGAAAUGGAAGCACGGAAAAAGGCAGCAGAAGAGAGACAGCGCAAGAAAGAAAUGCGGGAGGCGGCUAAGCUUGAGAAGGAAAAGAAGGAAAGCCAAGCAAACUAG